GCCAUUUUCGAGUGUAGAAGCCGCCAAGGCUGCAGGCAGGAAACGAAGGUAGCUGGUACUGCAGGGGCUGCUAGUCGGAAACUUGCUGGCCCGCGCUUCUAGUUACCAACUCCGCUCGUGGGUGAGGACGGAAUACUUAGUAGCUGCCUGGUAAGCUCAUCAGUGGAUAUAAUAUUCCUGCGUUUUGCUUCAGGAGAUAAUAUUUUGAGGAACUCGCUGGCAUUAGACCGGAGGUUAAAGCUUCGAUACGCAACUGAGCACUUCGAAAAAGCAUGCAUUGCCUUCGAAGUGUAGAGGAGGGGAAGCUUCUUCCAAUACAUUCUUUCAGAAAUUUGGCAAGACGCUGAUUUUUAAAACUUGUACAUUCAAAUCGCAGCAGAGUUUUGAUUUUGCGGCUGGGAUCCGAGGAGUGAUAUUUUGCAUUAGGUUCGCAACUCUAUUAGGAAACACCGCUACUUCGACCCCUUAUGGAUGCAAGUUAAGAGGGGUGAGGAAGAGGUGAUGGAUUUAUGAAGUACUUCAGCACAAAGGAAAACAAACUUCACAGUUUUUAUAGUAUGAUUAUUUGGAAUUGAAACAGCAGACAGAAAUCAUGCCAAGAAAAAGAACUAAAGUAUCUACGGCAGCCCAUCAAAAAGGCAAUGAUUCCUUGGAGGAGUCCUCUAAUGAUGGGAAACCUGAAAAAGAAGCGAGUAUGCACCCCCCUGAAGUACCUCAGCAAGCAGUAUCAAAUGGAGUAGUUGAUCAAAGUUUAGAAGAAAUUUUGAGUAGCAUCUCUCCUCCCCCACCUCCAGCUAUGACCAAUGAAGCUGGAGCUCCUCGUCUCAUGAUAACUCACAUUGUAAACCAGAACUUCAAAUCUUAUGCUGGGGAGCAAAUUCUAGGACCGUUUCAUAAGCGUUUUUCAUGCAUUAUUGGACCAAAUGGCAGUGGAAAAUCUAAUGUGAUUGAUUCCAUGCUCUUUGUUUUUGGCUAUCGAGCACAAAAAAUAAGAUCCAAAAAAAUUUCGGUACUGAUACACAAUUCUGAUGAACAUAAUGACAUCCAGAGCUGCACUGUAGAAGUUCAUUUUCAAAAGAUAAUUGACAAGGAAGGGGAUGAUUACGAAGUCAUUCCCAACAGCAGUUUCUGUGUUUCCAGAACAGCCUAUAAAGAUAAUUCUUCAAUCUACCAUAUCAGUGGGAAGAAAGCAACUUUUAAAGAUGUUGGGCUUUUGCUCCGAAGUCAUGGUAUUGACCUAGACCAUAAUAGGUUUCUAAUUUUACAGGGAGAAGUUGAACAAAUAGCAAUGAUGAAACCAAAAGGGCAAAAUGAGCAUGAUGAAGGCAUGCUUGAAUAUUUAGAAGAUAUAAUAGGAUCAGGACGAUUGAAAGAGCCUAUUCAAACGUUAUGUCGAAGAGUGGAGAUAUUAAAUGAACAAAGAGGUGAGAAGUUAAACAGAGUUAAAAUGGUGGAAAAAGAAAAAGAUGCCUUGGAAGGAGAACGGAAUAAAGCAAUUGAAUUUCUUUCUUUGGAAAACAAAAUGUUUAAAGAAAAAAAUAAAAUCUGUCAAUACUACAUUUAUGAAUUACAGAAGCGGAUAUAUGACCUGGAAGCACAGAAAGGAAAAAUACAUGAAGACACUAAAGAAGUUAAUGAGAAGAGCAGCAAACUGGCAGAUGAAAUGAGAGAUAAGAAUGAGGCUCUGAAAGAAGUAGAAAAGAAACUCAAUGAAAUCACAGCAUUUAUUGAAGAAAAUAAAAAUAAAUUUAACCAGCUGGAUUUAGAGGAUGUUCAAAUAAGGGAGAAUCUAAAACAUGCAAAAAGCAAAUCAAAGAAACUAGAGAAGCAGCUUCAGAAGGAUAAAGAAAAGAUAGAAGACCUCAGAACUGUACCUGCUAGCAGUGAAUCUGCAAUUACUGAAGCAACAGCUAAGAGAGAAAAUCUAGAAAAAGAAAAAGAAAAAGCAGAAGAAAAACUAAAAGAAGUUAUGGACAGUCUUAAAAAGGAAACUCAAGGACUGCAGAAAGAGAAAGAGGAUAAAGAAAAAGAACUAAUGGAAUUCAGCAAAACAGUUAAUGAAGCACGUUCAAAUUUUGACAUGGCCAAGUCAGAACUUGAUCUGUAUCUUAGUCGUCAUAAUACUGCAGUAUCUCAGCUAAAAGCAACAGAAGAUGCUCUUCAGGCUGCUUCAGGGACACUUAAAGAAAGAUUAACUGCUAUCAAAGAAUUGGAAUCAAAAUUACCUCAAACGGAAAAUGAUUUAAAGGAGAAAGAAAAUGAAUUGGAUAAACUUACAAAGGAGGAGGCGGAUCUGAAAUAUUACAUUGGAGAUCUACGUCAGAAAGUAGAAGAAGCAAAAAGUUCAUUGGCAAUAAAUAAAAGUCAAGGAAAAGUUCUUGAAGCCUUGAUUCAGCAGAAGAAAUCUGGAAAUAUUUCUGGAAUAUAUGGAAGACUUGGUGACUUGGGAGCUAUAGAUGAAAAAUAUGAUGUUGCAAUAUCAUCAUCAUGCGGAGCGUUAGAUCACAUAGUUGUUGAUACUAUUGAUACAGCUCAAAAAUGUGUUAAUUUCUUAAAGAAGCAAAACAUAGGAGUAGCAACAUUUAUAGCUCUUGAUAAGAUGGCAGUAUGGGAGAAAAGCAUGGGCAAAAUUCAGACUCCUGAAAAUAUUCCUCGUCUAUUUGACAUGGUGAAAGUGAAAGAUGAGAAGGUUCGCCAAGCCUUUUAUUUCGCUUUGCGUGAUACUCUGGUAGCCAAUAACUUGGAUCAGGCCACCAGGGUAGCAUUUGGAAAAGGCAACAGAUGGAGAGUCAUAACGUUGCAAGGACAACUUAUAGAACAAUCAGGAACAAUGACUGGUGGUGGAGGAAGAGUAAUGAAGGGUAGAAUGGGAUCCUCUUUUAUAGUUGAAACAUCCGAAGAAGAGGUCCAUGAAAUGGAAUCACAAUUGCAAAAAAAAUCUCAAAAAGCUAUGCUAUGUCAGGAACAGAAAGCACAACUGGAGGAAAUAAUAGCAAAAUUACAUAAAAAUAUUAGAGAAAUGAAAAACACUUUAGAAAAAUACACUGCCAGUAUAAAGAGUUUGACGGAUCAAGAAGUUCACUUAAAAGUCCAGGUUAAAGAACUAGAAGCAAAUGUAAUUGCUUCUGCUCCUGAUAAAGUCAAGCAAAUAAAAAUGGAGAAAAGAUGUAAUAACUUCAAAGAAGAUUAUGACAAAGUGGCUGCAAAAGCUGACAAACUGGAAAAAGAAGUUAAGAGACUACAUAAUCUCAUUAUUGAGAUAAAUAAUAAUAAACUUAAAGCUCAGCAAGAUAGUCUUGAUAAGAUAAACAAAGAAAUAGAUCAGUGCACUUCUGCCAUUACAAAAGCACAGGUAGCAAUCAAGACAUCAGAAAGAAACCUGAAGAAAACAGAGGAUGCAAUUGUUCACACUGAGAAAGAAAUUGAAGAAAACAAAAACCAUAUACAAAUCUUAAAAGAACAGCUGACUGCAUUAGAUGAAAGAGCUACUGAAGUUAUAGAUAACAGCAAAAAAGCAGAAAUAUCCCUACCAGAGAUUCAAGAGGAACGUCGUUCGGUGCUUCAUAUAAUUAAAGCUAUACAAGAAGAAGAACAUUUGCUACAAAAAGAGGCUCUCAAUAUUAGGCUUAAAAUUGAACUACUAGACAGUCACAUUGCUGAGCAUCAAUUAAAGAUUAAGUAUUGGCAAAAGGAGAUAUCAAAGAUAUCACUGCAUUCUGUGGAAGCUGAACAAACAGAAAACCUUCCAGUACUAACUGAAGAUGAACUGGAAAAUAUUAAAGAUCCAGAUAUUAUAACAAAUCAAAUAGCUAUUUUGGAAGCUCAGUGUCAUGAAAUGAAACCAAACUUGAGUGCCAUUGCUGAGUAUAAUAAAAAGGAAGAGCUGUAUCUAAAACGUGUGGCAGAGUUGGAUGAAAUGACCAAUGAGAGAGACAAAUUCAGAGAAGCUUUUGAAGGCCUUCGAAAAAAACGGCUUAAUGAAUUUAUGGCAGGAUUUAAUAUCAUAACAAAUAAGCUAAAGGAAAACUAUCAGAUGCUUACGCUAGGAGGGGAUGCAGAACUUGAGCUUGUUGACAGUCUGGAUCCUUUCUCUGAAGGAAUUAUGUUCAGUGUUCGACCACCAAAGAAAAGUUGGAAGAAGAUUUUUAACUUAUCAGGUGGAGAGAAGACAUUGAGCUCAUUAGCUUUGGUUUUUGCUUUGCAUCAUUACAAGCCAACCCCUCUCUAUUUCAUGGAUGAAAUUGAUGCUGCCCUUGAUUUUAAAAAUGUUUCCAUUGUAGCAUUUUACAUAUAUGAGCAAACAAAAAACGCACAGUUCAUCAUCAUUUCUCUGCGAAACAACAUGUUUGAAAUAGCAGACAGACUUAUUGGUAUUUACAAGACUUACAAUACAACAAAAAGUGUUGCAACAAAUCCCAAAAUUAUUGCAUCAAAGGGACUUGCUGAACCUGGUUCCACAGAAUGCUUCUGAAUAUGGACUUUUCUUUCAACAUUUUUUUUCCUAAUGAAGAUUUGCCAAUAAUUUAAUAUCUAUUUUCUAUAAGUGCUUUUUGAAUUUAACUUUUUUACUGAGUGUCCAUUAUCUUAAACAAUAUAGAUCUCUUCAACUCUAAGUGAGUUCUUAAAACAGACAAAUAAUUCAAAUGUGACUUUUGGUAGAAGUACCUAGUGAUUAAAAUGGUGGAUUUUUUAAAAAAAAUACAGGCUAUUUUUAUUUGAAUUUGAAAAUAAAAUUUUGAUAAAUUUCUAGUAAAUAAGUUGAUAAACCAUAACAAAAAAAAUGAAUAGCGAGCAGAGUCUGAUAUUGUGCUAGCUGCGGUAUGGUUCUUUGAUUUGGUUUGGCAUCUGGAUUUGGGAUUGAUUUGACAAUUAAAACCCAGGUACAAUAAAUAAUGGUUAAACGGACCCUGACUCAAACAUUUUGUAAGCCCAUUAUCUUAAACGUUUCAGCAAUAAUUAAAAAUUAUUGCUGAAAUAUGUUCACAUACAUGUAUUGCAGAAUAAGACACUCUAAUAAUGGACACGAUGCUACGAUGCCAGAAAAAUCCCAUGGUUCUUAACCAGACAAUAUCCAUCAAGCAUAUGAUGCUUAAAUAAGUUGAUUCCCUUAAAAUAGCUGUGGUAGAAAACUUUUUGUCUGAAUAUCCCAUUUGGCAGUAAAAAAUUUUUUUUUUACCUACCCUAGAAAACUAUAGCUAAUGUUAACAAGACAAUGUUAAGUUUUAUGAACGAUGGCUUGAUUCAUUAUGUUCUACCAGACAGAAGGAUGUAUGUAUGUAUUUAUACAUACAUACAUACAUUUUAUAGGAUCUCAUCCUGUGCUGGCUCAGAUUGUCUUUAUAAUCUCUAUGGUACCAGUCCCAAGAAUUAGGGCAGAGACUACAUCCAUAAUCCAUUCUAUGCCACUUGCUAGCUGAAGGAUAGCUGAUCUGCAGCAUGGCUGAGCUCUGCUGCCUGCUCACCAGAGAGCCUCUACAAUGGACUCACCUGAUGCAGUCCAACUUGGCAACCAUGUAGGGAAGCACUGUGCCAGCCUCCAGUCACUUCAUUUACCAUUGGGCCAGUUGUUUCUGCUGUGGUUGCUAUUGCCACCAUUGCUGGUCGUAUUUCUCCCACCUGCUCAAGCAAUUAGUUGUGACAGUGUUGAACAAGUAGGUCUUUAGACCAGUCUUCAAAAUUCUAGCUGUUGCAACAUCUCUACAGUCAUGUGAUUACGAUCUAGAUGCUUGGCGACUGAUCACAUGACAGCCAUUUGUGACCUUCGCUGGCUUGUCCCAACUGAAGCCAAUGCGGAAGGGGACAGGGAAAGUUGCAAAUUGCUCCUGUAAGUCAUUUACACUGCGCCUAAGGAGCCCCAUUACUGUAAGAUUUUGGGGAUCUUGUAGUCUAUAGUCAUGAUGUGCUUAGUGAUGAAAAUUCCAGUCCCAUUUCCCAUCAUUAAAUUACUUGUAUGGAUUAUACUGAAGCUUUUACAAAAUAGUUUUGAGUUUUAUUUCUGGAGUUCAUUCCUUCUGUGAGACAGGAAGCCCUAGUUUGAUUUUAUCUGAGUUUUAAGGAAGAGAAUAUCCUGGAACAACCUCUUCAAUUGGAAUUUAUAUUUUAUAGCAAAAAAGCUUUUCCAUAGAAAAGGAGGAUAAAGAAUAUGAUUUUUGCACAUCUUUCUUUAACUCCAUGUUUUGAAUUGAAAUAAAAUGAAUGUUCAUCCAUAGUAAUCUUAAAAUUGCUUAAUCAUAUUCCAUGUUUCUCAAACAAAUUAAGGGUGUGCCCAAAAUGGAAAACCGGCUUUAUUUCAAGCCUAAAACAAACAUCACCUCAAACUUUUCACAAACCAUUUCAAAUGAGCUGCAGUUUGGUAGAAAUAAAACUUGGAUUGUGGGUGGUGGUCUGGAUUUUGCCUGAAACAAAAGUCAUGGGACUUGCCGAGUAAUUCUAAACACUGAAUGUGACAAGAAUGGUAUUCAAUUUCCCCUUUCCUAUUUCCUUCCGUGUUGAUACUGCAUUAGCUCAAUAUAUGUAUUUUUAUGCUGCAGAAAGCUACCAGUUUUAAUCAUUUAGGGUGCUGACAACCCCUUAUUUCUAUAUAUGCAUUUAGGAACAACAAAAGGUCUUAAGAUACUGAAAAGUGGGAGAUAUUGCAAACAGGCUGCCAAGCCUAUUUCUUUUAUAGAUUUCCCAGCUAACAUGACUGUUUCUAUAAAAAAUUUAAAAGGUUUUAUUCACAAUUGCUACUUAUUCCAACAGUUCCCUUAGUGCUACCAGUACUUCAUAGUUCACUGCUCCAGAGCAGAGCAGUGUCGUAUACUUAGAAAUUCACACUUGCUAUAUUUCCUUCUCAACAAUUAUGCUUCUCUACUAUAAGGAAUGUGUAUCACACUAUUCCCCUUGCUAUCCAAAUCCCCAGAAUCACAGGAUUACUCCUAGGCUGUGAGGGGAUGGGGAAGGAAGGGGCAGGAAGAGUUUGGUCUAGUGCCAUGAUAGCGAACUUAUGGCAUGUGUGGCACAGGUGGCACGCGGAGCCAUAUUGAUGGGCACAUGAGUGUUGUCCUAGCUCAGCUCCAGUGCGCAUGUGCGCGUCAGCCAGCUGAUUUUUUGGCCUUCCAGUCCUACUGGAAGUCGGGAAACGGGCUGUUUCCGGCUUCAGGAGGCCCUCAGGAUGGGUGGGGAAGGCUGUUUUCACUCUCCCCAGGCUCCAGAGGCUUUCUAGGAGCCUUGGGAAGGGGAAAAACGGGCCUACCUUGCCAUUGCAUGCCAAAAGCGGGGGAGAGCAUGGGGGGGUCACGUGCACAUACGUGGGAGAGCAGGGCGCAUUGAAUUACGGAUGUGGGCAUGUACACCCGCGACCCCCGUUUUUUGCACGCAAACGGCAAAAGGGUUAGCCAUCAUUGGUCUAGUGGUUAAGGCACCAGGCUAGAAACUCAAAAACUAGUCCUCCCAUAGACAUGAAAACUGGUUAGGUGACAUUGGGUGAGUCACUCACUUAGUUCAACUCGCUCACAGGGUUGUGGGAAAAAUAAGAGGAAGGAAUAUAAGGUAUGCCUCGAGUUAUUUAUAAAAAUAAAGGCAGGGUGAUUUAAAAAAUCUUUAAAAAUUAGUCAUGCUCUACAGUGAAAGGCAGAAACAAUUUCUAAGCAACAAAGAUGGCUAACAAAAUUUAAAUAGAGCCCUACCCUGACAAUGCUUACCUCAUACACAGCCCUAUUUCAAUAAGUGGGAAUGGGAACCAUCAGACCUGGGCAUCAAAUUAAGCACUGGACACGGAGUAUGUUUGGCAGAUGGGUGAGUUACUUGUUCUUUCCAUAUUGAACCCAUGGCCCUUUCAGAGUUCUGAAUGUAAACAGUAGUCCGUAUUGCUGGGCAGACUUCUGUUGGUUCACAGCCAGGGUUCCUAGGAUAAAAUUGUUUUGACAGCCAUGGUGCUCUCACAAGAAAUUGAGCCUUCCCUAAAUGUUUUCCUAGCAGCAUCAGAUGAAACGCUUCUUCCCCACCUUUGAGCCUGUACCAGUUUUAAACUUCUAUUACAGAAGACAACUUUUAAAUCUGCCUUAGUUUGAUCUGCAAUUGGACAAAGAGGAUUAGGUGUGUGCGAGCUAAGAUUCAGAGAUUCCAUUAUUGUGCAGUAGCAACUUCUUUACUAUAUAAAUUUUGGUUUGGCAAUAAUUGAUCUCUUCUGUAGGAUUAAAGGACCUAUUACAUCAAUUCCUUUCUUGAAACUUUUAAGACAUUCUAGGAAUUCCUGUAUUUUGGAAGGUUUUUGCUGGCAGGGUUAGUGAGCCUCUCAUGGCCGUGUCAUGCUUAGAAUGCCUUCUAAGAUAGAAAAUGGGCAUCUGAAAUGCCUACUGAAGAUGUAGAAGCUGAAAAGUUAUUUUGACUCUGAAAAAAAAUUAAAUAAGCAGCUGGAUGGCUAGAAAGUGGGUUAUGAAAAUCUAAAUGCCUAUGAAUGUGAGUAAAUAUAAAUGUAUUAUUUAUUUACAUUUAUUAAAUUUGUUUGCUGCUCAUCUUGCCACAGUGACUAUUAUUUUGUCUGCUCUAUCACAGCCAAAGAAAGAAAAAGAACAGCCAAAACCCACUUACUUUUCUAUCACUAGUACAUCCUUUAAGAAUUAUUCUGCAAUUUUAACCCAGAUGAAACCUUGUUCAUUUUUAAAAAUUUGCUAAGGGGGACAUUGCAGACAUCUAUAAAAUUUUAUGUCUAACAAUGCCUGGAAAGCUGUCCAAAGUAUUUGGAGAAAUAGUUUCUGAAUCUUGGGCACAAGUUUGAUGCUUGCUUCUAUCCAGUCCCUUAUACUUGAUCCCUGGCAAUUUGUCUAUUAAGAUCUGGAUGUUAAUGAUGAAAAUGGUAAAUAUGUCCGGUAGUGGUCCCCUCCUUUGCAAGUGUACUUUGCAAGUAAAAAUCCCUUUUAGAUAUAUUAGAUGUAGAAAUAUUUGAGAAUCAUUGUGCCACAACUAUCAUGCUUUGUGGCCAAUUGCUUAAUAGAGAAAUGGAAGAUCAUCUUCACACUUUCUUGCAGGAUUAACAAUUCUCUGCACCUACUUAAAUCAGGUUGUAAACCACAUUUUUUUACAUUAAAAUUGCCUUGGCUUCCUCAGCAUUGGGAACUGUAGCUCUGUGCAGUUAGUCCUAAAGUGAGGUGCUGUAUUUCUAAGGCUGCUAGGUAACAUGCCUUUGAUAUUAUCUAACAAAUUUAAUCUCAUGUAUAUUGAAAUUAAUAAAUCCUCUCGUUAUAUUUACAUUUCAGCAUUGAAAGCAGAUUACCAAAAUAGUUUAGCUUCAUUUCAGAUAUGAUUGGACUACUUUCUAAGGUCAAGUUUUAAAUAUAUAUAUAUAUUUAAAAAGUGAAUAUUCCUGAUUUCUAUAUAGCACCCCCUGUAAAGACAAAACAGAUGGAUUUAAGAGAUUCAUACUGAGCUGUAGGAUAAAUGAAACACUGGGAUUUUUUUCUUCUAGAUCACUAAAACUUUUCUCAUUUAUAGUGUCUGCAACUGGCAAAGUUUAAUACUGAGCACAUUUAUAGGUUCCUUGUGCCCCUUGUUAUUUAAAAUUUAACAAGUUGUAUUUGUUUUUCUUUGAAAAGGAUCCAUUUCCCUGAAAGUAUCCACAUUCAGUAAAAUAAAAAAAAUCCAUCUGUCCCCAAACUUCAUGAAUUGUGACCCCCAUAUUAAAGCAAAUCACAAGUGAUAUUUGCACUAAAAUUUGAGGAGGAACAAACAUGCAUGUUGAAAAGAUAUGGUGUUUCUCAUCAGUUACAAUCUUAGUCUUACUCAAGAAGUUUAUUUUUCUAUACUUAUUUAAAAUAGCUUCAGAAAUAUAACUAUUAAUACAAUUAUAGCUAAAGGAAUUUUUUAUUAAUUAAAAAUACAAAUUCUGAAACCUGAAAAAUCCAUUACAAAUUUUAAAAUUUAAAAGCAUGAAUGAGAGAAUCAAUACUGAGGAUGGAAAUAACAAAUUUCAAAAAAACCUACUCCCUGAUCAUCAUGCAGCUGCUAUACACCAUAUAUGGUAUGACUAACAGA